AUGGGUCAUUCCUAUUAGGCCAUGAAUAUUAUUCAUGAGGAAAAUGGGAAUCAAUUAUGGUUGGGUGAUUACACAGCUGCUGAAGACAAGCCCACUCUUGACAAUAAGGGAAUUAGAACAGUAUUAACAGUUGCAUGCUAACUUAAUAUCAAAUAUAAUGAUUAGAACAUGACUCAUAAGGUACGCUUUUAAUAACAUAAGAGACAUAUUCAAUUCUUGAUUCGGAAUAGGCGAAUGUGGCGUAAUUUUUUGACGACUCCUUUUACCAGAUCAAGAAUGGAUUGAAAUCUGGAUCUGUUCUUGUACAUUGUGCUGCUGGAGUUUCGAGGUCAGCCUCAAUAGUUAUAGCUUAUCUCAUGAGAAAUAAAGGAUGGACAUACAGUGAGGCUAUCUCCUAUGUUAAGAGUAAAAGAUUUGUCAUCUGUCCCAAUAGUGGUUUUUAACGAUAAUUGAAAAACUUUGAGAAAUAGUUGAGGCAACUAAAGGAAAAUGAAAAAACAAAUAACCCAAAAGAAGUAUAAGAUAAUCAACCAAACAUUUCUGAUAAAAAACCUGAGAUUGCUGUUGAUUUAAAGAAAUCUGAGUUGUUAACAAAGAUGGGCAAUGAAAGAAAAUCUGAGCCUUCAUUUUAAAAUGAGCUUAGAUAGACAAUCAGAAAUAAUGAAUUUUUAGGAAAUAAUUCCAAAUAAGAUACCAAAUAAAAUUUCCGAUUAUAAAAUAGAAAUUGCUUGCCUACUUCUAAAUUUAAUAAUACAAGAUCAAAUAUGUAAUAGAAUAACAGAAUCAAUUUAUAAACUAUGCAAACCAUUUACAAUUCUUCUUAUGCAGGUCCUCAAAUUGUAACACAUGCACAAAAUAAGUUAUUUGAAAAACAACCUUUAUCAAAUUUACCUGGCAUCUCUUCCAAGGCUAAUAUGACUCAUUAUCCCAUGAACAAUAAAAGAAACUAUUGA